CUAAUGGUCACCUGAUAAUUUGCAUUUACAGGAUGGAGGUUUCUAAAGACCGACAUUCCGUCUCUGUUCGGAAGGCAAAGUCGGAGUUAAGCAUAAAUUCCAUUGAUGAUUUUCAUUUUUCUGUUAGCUGUGGAUCGAUAAUAAUAUGUGGAAGAGGAGAGAGUGACAAUCAUAGCCAGAAUGCAGUGCUUUUGAUAAAUGGAACCGUUCCGGAUGCAUCAAGAUUGUACAAAUGGAAGUCCGACACAGAUGGAAAAGGGACCUCAAUUCUAGUGCUUUCACAUGAUGGUACCCUCAGUGCAGUUAGCCUGCCGUCCAUCUCUACUUCAUCUUCAUCUUCUCUCAGCAAAGCAACAUCAAAGGCAGAGGUCCUUUGGGUUUACUCAUCAGAGAAACUGAAGCAAAUAAUAGGCAUCAGUGAAGCGAGGAGCCUGCCAAAGGUCAACGUCCUAUCAGUUGAACAAUCCUCUGCAUCUCUCCUGAUCGGGAAACACUUCUGUCGACUUCCAGAGGGAGGAAAUGAAUCGCCGCCUCCAGAAAGCUGGCUGUUGUCAUGGCAACAUACAGGCAUCACUGAAGAGGACAUUGUGAAUGCCAGACUACAGAGAGAUUUCUUGUUUACGCUACAUACCUCUGGGAACAUAUCUAUAUUUUCUGUUAAUCAUCAAAAGCUGGUUGCACAUGUGAACCACAAGCAUUUCAUUCGCAGUAUCUUUGUUAAUGCCGGAGUCUUAGAGUCACAAGAAACAGGAAAGCCGUGCGACUUCGAUGUCAGUCCUGACUUGCAGAAUAUCAUUGUUACCUACAGCAAUGUGAAGUACGGCGUUUACAGGAUCAACCUUGCGGAGUACUUCAGUCACAAUCCCAAGCAUGUACUCACAUCGGCGAAAAAGCAGGAGAUGGUUCAAAAGAGGAAGUCUUCCAAGGCUGACAGGGAUGAAGACGAGCUUGACUUCACGCGAGGGGUGGCUCCGGUCAGCGAGAAAGGCACACCAACGAACAGAAGCUGGUGGAACUACCUGGAUGACCUGAAGCUGAAGCUCACAAAGGGUGAUGAUGGUGAGCGCAUCAAAGGGGUGUUUACAAGCCCUUCUGCCAACGACAUCAAAUCAUGGCAGAGUUGGUUCCUCAUAGCUGAUGGACAGCUUUCCAUGGUCAAUCCUAGAAGCGUGUCUUCAGGCCAGGCCGAUGCAACCGAUAGAGCUCAUGUCUCAGGUUUUCAGAGGAAGCUUCAGAAAUCACCUCCAUCAGGGUCGUCCACCAAGACGGGAAGUCCAGCUGAGAGGAGUCCAAGGAUUGAAACCAGGACCGAUUCGAUGGUGUCCACUGCUAUAAGGACGGCCAAGCUGUGCAAAGGCCUCCCUGUGAGGGGGGUAUAUGCUGGAAGAUCUUCAGGCCUGGUGUGGUAUGGUGGUGCUCUUCAAGGCCAAAGUGGUGACAGAUAUGGUGGUCUAUGUUUCUUGAAUUUCUCAAACAAUUCAACACAAUUUGACAGUUUUCAGGAACCAACCCUGUUGUCCAUCUCGGAAGACCCUACUCAGCCACACGCCCUGCUAACUAGGUCAGAGGUCAGACUGCUCUCUAUCAGUAUGGAACAAGAAUCAGUUGUCAGCAAGAUGAUGGUGUACAAGUCUGCCGCUGUUACCGAGGCGCUCUGCCAUCUCAACAACUGGGAUCACUGUUCUAUUCCUAUCCAUGCCUUAGAGAUUGGACUCAAACACAGGCAGCUGGAUACUAUAGCCUUCUUCCUAAAGAGCAGAGAGAACAUGUUCAGAUUGAAGCAACACACUGCCCCUGUUACUGUGGCAUCCUCCUCACACCACAGUGAUCUCUCCUCCUCUAAUGAUGCAACGCAGCUCUGGUUAGCCAUGGAUCUCCUCUGCCUGGCCAUUGCUGGCAACAUCAAGGAGAUGCAGUCCAAGCAGUAUGCUCUCCAGGUCCUGAAUCUGGCCCUCAACCAUCUCAAUAAGCUCAUCCACAAUGCCACCGACUCUCUGGAACACGUCUGUAGGUCCUCCAGCUCCUGUUUGGUGCCAUCGUCUAAGAGAAGCAGUCAGGGGAAAGCGUCUUCUGGUACUGGCAUCUCACCAUCUUCAUCGUCAUCAUCAGUUCCAUCAUCCCUGGAGUCCGACCAGCCUCAGACGGCGCCCAAGGCAGCAUCCGUGGUGGUCAUGACAGAGGGAUUUGAAGGAACCAAUCGUGAUCUUGAGGACAUUCUCAAGAAGUUGAUCGGUCACACCGUCAAGCUGAGAGGUCAUCUCAAGGGAGCACCGGCAUGGAUGUUCCCUGACAAAGACGAUACAGAUUCAGGUGGCCUAUCUCCUUCUGAUACAUACUACUCAGGUACAGACAAGACGAUGUUAGCUACAAUGCAUGCUUGGAAAGCUAUGUCCCCGCAGGAAAUCAUCCAAGGUGCCAUCUUGAAACGCCAGAUUCCUUUGGCCCAGGCAUUCCUGAGGAAGCAACGGCACCAUCAACAGCUUCAACAAACAGAGGCGCAGCAGCAAGCUCUCACAUCAUUGGAAUCUAAAGGGCUCCCUCUCCUGGUAGAUAGUGGCCUUGCUCAGGUCUAUGCCUCGCUUCUAAAUGCAGAGACAGAGACAGCUUACACAAUGCUUAAAAACUUGGGAUUCAAUGUCACCGAAGAAAUCAAGAAGAUCUGCCUUUACACUGCAAAUACAGGAUUGAGGGACUUCUUGAUUACUGAGCUGAACCUAUCACAAGACUUGACCAAGGAGGAAGCCGACAUGGUCCAUUUUGUCCAUCAGUUGGAACAUCUCUACACCUGUCUGUCGUUUGAGAAGGCAAAGGCUCUCGCUUCAGAAAAGAGCAAACGGCACGAAGGUGACAAGCAAAGAGAGGAGUGGAUCCCACCCAGUGACCCGGAAGCCAAGCAAUAUCUUGAAGACAUCGCUGUGAGAGGAGACAUCAUGGUGUCAGGUGAGCCGGCGAACUGUGAGAACUUCAACUACGGCCAUGUUGUCCUGGAGUGGGUCAGGAGCUGGAAGCAGGAGACGAGGGAUCGGAUCCUCCUGGAGAGACUCCUUGCAUCAAAGAGCAAAGACCCCUCUAUCAACUACAACCUCAGUGCGGAUUCAGCCUGGUCUUACCUCACUUCACACCAUCACUGGGAUCAGCUUAAGCUCUGGAUUAGAUCAAGCUUAACUCUUAAUCCUGACCUUUCAACUUCAUCAACGGAAGCAGUGAACCCUUGGCUACAUGACCUGAAGCUAUUCCCCGGAGUGGUUCACAAGAUGGAAUCCUGCUUGCCAGACCUGCAAGAGAAGAUCUUGGAUGAAUUAGCCAGGCAUGGGAUAUUCAGCUCUACCGAACUGGCGACCUUUGACCUUCUUACAAGGCGUCUGAGUAGCACACGGCAGCUGUUCCGACAUCCUCACCCUCUAGGUCAGAGGUCAGAGACGGCCUCUGUGGCGCCUUCUUACAAGCAGUGGUUCCUUGAGAUGUGCAUAGAGAAGCAACUGCCAGGAUUGUUGUAUGCCUUCUUAGAUUUCUACAGUCUUUGCUUGUCAGAGAAUGAGGUGAUGAGUCUUCAGCUACCCCUAGCCCAGUGCCCCUGGCUUGAGAUCAUGCUACACUUCAGGUGGAUCGGAAGACAGGUGUCCGACCCAUCAUUGGUUUUCCAAGCUAGUCUCUCGAAUGCUAGACUCUUGAUGAAAGUCACCCAGCCCACCGUAUCCCGUCUCCUGGAUGCAGGAUAUCCCAUCAUCGCCAUAGCAACACUGCGCUAUGCACCAGGAUCCAUUCCAGAGGCUCUUACCCCUGCUACCAAUGAAGAUGAAAAGCUAUGGAAGCUAGAUGGUGACAAACUCAAGCAAGCUCUACGUCCUUACCCCAAGCUCCUCUCUGCCGUCUUCCCACCCUCUAGCAUAGACGGUAUCAAGACUCAAGACAUCACUGUGUAUGAACUCCUCCAGGGAAAUUGUCCACUUGACCCCAGGAAGUUAUUCCUCUGGCAAAGUACCAAUAAGGUCAUGCAUCCAGAAGGACUGCCAAUCCAUGAAGAUCAUGUAUCCUUUGGUAGCAGGCCUAAGUAG